AUGGGUGGUAGGGGUGGUGGCGGCAGCGGUUGUGGCGAUGGUGAUGGUGUUGGUGGUUGUGGUGGUGGUGGUGCCGAUGAUGGUGGUGGCGAUGGUGGUUUUGGUGGUGGCAGCGGUGGUGGCAGUGGUGGUGCAGGUAGUGGCAGCGGUGCUAGUGGUUGUGGUGGUGGUGGUUUUUGCGGUGCCAAUGGUUGUGGUGGUGGUGGUGGCAGGGGUAGUGGUGCUGGUAGUGGCGGCGGUGGUGGUGCUUAUGGUGGCAGCGGUGGUGGUGGAGUGGUGGGGGCGGGGGCGGCGGUGAUGAUGGUGGUGGUGGUGAUGGUUGUGGUGUUUGUGGUUGCGGUGGUGGCGGUGGUAGUCGUGGUCGUGGUCGUGGUUGUGGCAGUGGUUGUGGUUGAUAUGGUUGUAGUGGCAUCUUUUGUGGUGGCGGUGGUGGUCGUGGUUGUGGUCGUGGUUGUGGUUGGUUAUGUUAGUGAUGGCAUCUGUGGGUAUGGCAGCGGCUCUGGCAGUGGUUAUGGUGAUGGUGGCGGUGGUAGUGGUGGUGGUGGUGGCGGAAGCAGCGAUGAUGGUGGCAGUGGCAGUUGUGGUGGUGGUGGCGGCAGUUGUGGUAGUGGUAGUGGCAGUGGUAGUUUUGGUGGUGGUUGUGGCGGUAGCAGCGAUAGUUGUAGUGUUGAUGGUUGUGGUGGUGAUGGUUGUAGUGGUGGUGGUGGUGGCGGAGGUGGCGGUGGCUUGUUGGUGCCGAUGGUGGUGGUGGUGGUGGUGGUGAUGGGGGCGGCGGUGGUGGCGGUAGUGGCGGUGGUGAUGGUGGUGGUGUUGGUGGUUGUGGUUUCGGUGCUGGUGCUGGUGGUGAAUGUAUUGGUGGUGGUGGUGGUAGUGGUGGGGGCGGGGGCGGCGGUGAUGGUGGUGGUGGUGAUGGUGGUUGUGGUGUCUGUGGUUGCAGUGGUGGCGGUGGUGGUCGUGGUCGUGGUCGUGGUUGUGGCAGUGGUUGUGGUUGUUAUGGUGGUGGUGGCAUCUGUGGUGGUGGCGGUGGUGGUCGUGGUUGUGGUAGUGGUUGUGGUUGGUUAUGUUAGUGGUGGCAUCUGUGGGUGUGGCGGCGACUGUGGCAGUGGUUAUGGUGGUGGUGGCGGUGCUAGUGGUGGUGGUGGUUUAGGUGGUGGUGGCGGAGGCGGCGACGAUGGUGGUGGUGGUGGUUGUGGUGGUGGUAGUGCUUAUGGUGGAGGUUGUGGUGGUAAUGGUGGUUGUGGUGACGGUGGUGGUUGUGCUGGUGAUGGUGGUGGUGGUGGGCGUGGCGGCGAUGGUGGUGGUCGUUGUGGUGGUUGUGGUGGUGCGACGGUGUCAGCGACAGUGGUUGUGGUGGUGGUGGUAGUUGUGGUGGUGGUGGCGGCGAUGGUGGCGAUGGUGGUGGUGAUGGUGUUGGUGGCCGUGGUGGUUGUGGUGGUGGUGAUGAUAGUGGUUUUAGUGGUGGUGGGGGUUGAUGAAGUCCACUCCGGCGAGGAUCCAUGGAUCUGGCGCGGAUCGAUCGGAGGAAAUGAUGAAAGACGCAACGGAAGAUGA